GCUCCGACUGACGGCAAAAGAAAUUUGUAGCUCGUCCCAAGCUACAUCGUUUGCGGCUCACCCCACAAGCGACACUUCCAAGCCUCCGUUGGUUAGCGUGGACCGUCAGCCACUUAGUCGCACCUGUUCUUAGCCCUCCGAUCCUCAACAACUUCUCCAGGACAUGGCUUAAGAGAUGGAGCAUAUGAGAAAUGCCAGAACAAGGACAAGUAUUGCAGUCUCGAGUGGUUCGCAGAAGAAAUCCACGCCCGAUUAAUUCCUGCGUCGAGUGCCGAACUCGGAAGUCGCGAUGCUCGAAAACGCAUCCCUGCCAGAAUUGCACCGCUUUUGGUCGCGAAUGUGUCUUCAUCACCGUUCCAGAGAGCGCGGCGCGCAAGAAAGAGAGGGAGCAACGGGAGCGCGCAGCAUCCAAGUCAAGCUCCAAUGUUACUGUACCGGACUGGACUAGAAGCAUCCCAGUGCGCACGCAAAGCUCAACCAGCUUGCCUGAUCAUGACCUUGAUCUAUACGAGAACCCAAACUCCGUCAACACGACCACGCCAGGAACUCCACCCAGAGACUACGAAUGGCAGGAGUACCAACAGGAUGUCGAAGUGGAUCGAAGCGAUGCAUGGGAGCAACUCCCCGCGGAGCCUGAAGAGACGCAGGACGAUGUUUAUGAAGACGAGAACGACGAUGAGGAUCAGAUCGCGACAGACCUCACUAUCAGGAUUGGAAGGAUGAUCAUCUGUGAAAACGUGACUGGCUUCUUUCGCCCUCAGUAUGCCGAAGAGCUGGGCAAACUCCUUUCAGAGCGCAAUGCCUCAAUUUCGUCAGUUGCUGGCCAGCGACAAUCACAGUCGUCUGCACUCCUGUCCGCAGAGCAGAUGCCAUCGCUUGCACCAGCACUGAAUCUGCUGCUUGGUGGCUCGAUAUCCGCGCACAGCAACAACGAUAUCGGUGCCCCGCAGUUACCGACAAAGAUGGAGGCAGAGGCGCUUUUUCAGCGCUAUCUGGACGCUGUCGAUCCUAUGGCACACGUGCUGCACAUUCCUUCUUUUAAGCGUCUGUUCGAACGAUUCUGGAUGCACGUCGAGAUUGGCAGCCCGAAUCAAAAUUCGUGUACGGCGCUGAUCCUGGCCGUCUGUAUGGCUGCUGCGGCAUCGGUAUCACCACUGCAAGCCAAGUCGCAAUUCGGCAUCACCAAAGAAGACUUGUUCUUGAGGCUGCAGAAAGCCACUGAGCGAGCUUUGCUACGGGCCAAUUGGGCAAAGACAUCAAAUAUCAGAACGCUACAAGCGCUGACUAUUUACUUGAUCCCGCUCUGCAGAGCGCAGAUAUCGAGGGCCACGUCAGUUGUAGUAGGCGCACUCGUUCGCCUUGCGCAAUGCAUCGGCAUCCAUCGUCUCAGUCACAGCUCUGCGACGAGCCUCACGCCACUGCAACGUCACGUCAGAUCUCUGCUCUGGUACCAGAUAUGCUUUCUCGACUUUAAGACGGCCGAAGCGCAAGGUCCACACCCGUCCAUCCGAUCGGACGAUGUGGAUAUCGCUUUGCCUCUGAACGUGAAUGACGAUGUCUUCGAGUUCGGUAGCUCUGAAUGGCAGCAAAACCCAACCUCACUCCACGGCUGGACAGACGUCACACUUUCCCUUAUCCGCUACGAAUGCAAUGAGAUCCAUCGCCUCAUCUUCCGUGGCAGAAUCGAGAUGGACCGCAAGCACAUCACGCUGCACGACCUGCGCGCCCGCGUCGAAGCCCGGAAACGCCAAAUCCAAAGCAAGUACCUGCAAUUCCUCGACGCCAACGUGCCCAUACAGCGCUAUGCAGGACUGGUCGCCACACUACUGAUGUCGCGCUGUGACUCGAUGCUGCUCUACCGUCACCUACCUCAAACCUCGCUGCAGCCGCGCUCAGAGUCCGAGAACCGCCUGCGCGACGUGCUCCUCACCGCAGCCCUGACCACGCUCGAAAUCGGUGCAACGCUCGACACGCUCCCCUCGCUAUCGAGUUGGGCCUGGUACAGCACCACCUACCAGCAAUACCACGCGGUGCUCCUGCUGCUCACAGAACUGUACCGCACGCCUGACCUGCCGCGCAAAGACCGCAUGAUGACCAUGAUCGACCACAUCUUCGGGCACUGCUACGGCAUCGGCGUGCGCGAGCGGUGUUCAGACCUGCUCUGGACCGUCAAGGAGAACCUCGAAGCCUUCUACGUCAUGAAAGGCUUCAACAAGAAGCGCCAGCUCGCGCCGCAGCAGCACCCCACGCUACAGCCCCUGCCCUCCUUCUCGUCCACGAGCCCCAACUUUGUGUCGCCGGGGAGUCGCAUGCAGGGUGCGCCGGCGCUGCAGCGCAACAGCACGCUGGACGGGCUAAAUGUGGAUUUCGACAGCAUCCUGGGUAGUCUGAACGGCGGCGGGGGCAAUGAGGAUUUCGACAUCUUCAGCAACAUGGGCUCUGCGAAUGGCGGGCACGAUGCGAAUGCGAUUUUCGUGCCGGUGGACAGUGGAGCGCAGGGCGGCGAUUUCGGGCAGACGAGCCCGAAUGGCGGCUUACAGCAAUGGGACAACUGGAAUUUCCCGAAUCCGCAGCCCAAGUAUGAGAACUAGCCUCGUACAGGCUAUUUAUACAUUUCGUUUGCUGGGAUAGAGACGCGAUCGGCUCGUAUAUUGCGGGUCCAGGAUACGACGAUACGGAUAGCCCAGUCGUCAUAUCAGGGACCAGUUAAGGGUCAGUCAAUGUAUCAUGGCUACAAGGUGGAGAUGGUCUUCGUCUUGUGAAAGCUGGUAUAAUGUUAUGUUUUGGAUAUUUGCUACGUGUGUAACACUCGCUCCCUGAACGCCGUGUGAUAUAAGAGCAAGUAGAUUAGCAACAUAGGAGAUGCAACGCCGAUUGCGCCUGGACUGCGCUGCAGUCUUAUUCUGCUCAUUUCGCUCAAUC